AUGACGCCUCCGACCCCGCCUCCUCCCGACGCCUCCGACCCCGCCUCCUCCCGACGCCUCCUCCCGACGCCUCCUCCCGACGCCUCCGACCCCGCCUCCUCCCGACGCCUCCUCCCGACGCCUCCGACCCCGCCUCCUCCCGACGCCUCCGACCCCGCCUCCUCCCGACGCCUCCGACCCCGCCUCUUCCCGGCGCGACGGCGGGAUCAAGCGCCUCAUAACCGUAGCAAUCUCGGGCUCAGGUACACUAUAAGGAUUGGGGAGCGGAAGGUCCUGCUCACCAUCGCCGGGAUCCGAGACAUAACCCGGCGCCGCUUCGGUUUUAAUGGGCGCGGUAGUUUCGGGCACACUUUACGGGCCCCAAAGCCUGUUUGGUCGCCGCCACCUGUUGGGUCGGUAACUUCCCAGAUUGUUCCUUUUGUCGCAAAGAACGUCAGGCUUUUGAUCGGAUCUCGGGAGUCCCGGAAUUCCGACGACGAAAGUUAUGAACAUCGCUCUCGCGCGCCGCCAGCCAGCCUGCCCGACCGGCUGUUUGACUGA